GAUGAUGAUGCUUUCAGGCGGGUUUUUAUAAUCAAUGAUAGGGGCCCUACAGGAUGACCGAAUAUCCCGAUGACACCUGGGCGGCGACGACGCGGCCCGUCGCACCCUGUCGCUGGCCACCACGAUGGCACCAGGAACGAAACCGUCCUCAAACACGAACUGGGAUCCUAUACUUCUCACUGCCCAGGUAUUUCCCUCCUGUGCAUAGCUGGAUAUACACUCAAUCAUACUCAGAUUGUUUCCUUGCAAACGUCACACUAUCUUAUUCUAUGUCUACUUGUCCCUCUAUUGCUCAACACGUUCGCCGAACCUGUUUCCUUAACAUACGAGGGUGGUGUGGCAAACGUAGGCAUGAUAAUGGAUUGGCGAGAGAUGGCCGGAAGACCUACCGUUCCUGCAAUCUACGAUGCCGAGAGAUUUGGUUCAUACUUGUAUUCGUGGGCAUGGAAUGGAGGGAAAAUCGUUGGUUAUUCGUGGAGGGAGGACUUGUUGAGAAUGAACAAGCAUGGCAAUAGAGCUGUCGAUCCAAUGAGAGGAUGGGUCGUAGCAUUUGCAUGGAUAGCUGCAUGCUGCGUUGACUUAAUUCCUCUUUAUGCUUUAAUACGAAGACCUCGUCUUAUACUCGAUUUUUCAUUCACACUUUUAUUCAACCACCUUGUUUUGACAACCUACUAUUCAACGUCGAUACCCACCUCACUGUUCUUCUACCUGGUGACUCUCUUCGGGACCGCCAUUAUGGUCAUUGUGGGAGAACAACUGUGCGUCAGACGGGAGAUGAGGGAAGGCUUGAUCGUUGCCGCUGCUGCAGGUCGACGGGAAGCCGAUCAAGAAGUCGAGGAGGAAGUGGAGAGCAUGGAAAUGGGCGCGUUACCCGGUCGACACAGAGACUAGGCAAGAGGACUGGUUAGAAGAAACAGAGCAAAUUCGAGAGUGCCAGCUACAUCUCCACGGCUGGCUGGUGAAGCUGUCGCAUUGUUAGGUCCGAGCCCGUCCAUUUUAUUGCUUUUGCUGGCACAUCUACCUCUGUUAGCUUGCACAUCGAACAAUCAUCGACACCAUUAUCUCGCUGGUCCCAUGGACCUGAAAUUUCCGCAUUCACCACUUUUUAUGUCGUAUCGCUACAGCCUUGCUAUCCCUUUACAUGGUCGGCCGAAGUGGGCUUGUAAGGAAGCUGGGAAAGGGUUUAUAGAUAGUAUCUGUAGUCGUUGCCUCGCUUACUGUACAAACUGCUACAACUCGUCCAGGUUGUACGUAUUGAAUGCAAAUUGAAUUUUCUACUU